UUUAAGUGAAGUGAAGCCCUCCCAAACAGGCUGCGCCCCACGCCGCCUAUCAGCAACCUCAGUUAGUCUCUUGUUCUCUGCUCUUGUCUCUUCGAUUCAUCUCCUUCCGUUCCCGAUUCAAUCCCCACCAACAGUCCAACACAGAGAGAGAAUCCCUAGCCCCCCAACCUAUAGAUCGUCUGAACACCGAACUCUGCCCAAAUCCCACGAUCCGGCUCGGCGGCGGAUGUAGUUCGAACCCCUCAGCUCCUCUUGAUUCAAUUCAUUCUCUACCUGCCAAUUCCUGGUGCCGCAGAUCCUGAGCCCCUGCUUCGGGGCGCUGCCGCUGCGGGCCUCUUCCCUGUCUCCCUCGUCCUCACCGCCCCCGUUGCUUCCCCUAUAUUGUAGGCAUGUUGAUUCAAGGCGCGAAUGGUGGCUGUUGCUGAUUGGGUGUGGAGUUUGAAUCUGUAGCGCAAAUUCUUUCGCGGAAGGAUGGCAUCGGAGGAAUUCAUUAGUCUUGGGGCACCUUGUGAGGUUGAUCCCAAAGAUAAACAUCGGGGUGACCUUCAGACUGAAGCACUUUGUGCGACUGCAGUGGAGCCUAGGGCAUCUGAACAUCAACCAGAAGACGGGCAUAGUACUAUUGAUAGUAACAAGGCUUCUAUUGAGGUUAUAGAUCUUGAAGAAGGGCAAGUUGCGGGCAAAGCUGACAACAAAGAUUUCCAGGAGGGUAACCUUCAGUCUGAAACCCUGAAUGUGAAUGGAGGGGAGCCUCUGGCAUCUGAACAUCAACCAGAAGAUGGACCUAGUACUGUGGGUAGUAAAAAGGCUGCUGAUGAGAUCAUAGAUCUUGAAGAAGGACAAAUUGAAGAUAUGGACAUCACAGAUGAUGAUUUAGUUGUUUCAAAACAUCAGCCAUUAGCUGCUUCUGUUCAGUCCCAGACCAGUGUAGCAGCUGUUCAGACUUCACAUCGUGUUUCAGUUGAACUAGACAAUUUCAAUGGACCUGAGAAUGCCCUAAUUCAUGCUUCAAGCAGCAUCCUUAUUGAUGAAAGUCCCACAAGAGGAGUUAAAAGAGCCCGAACGGAAUCAACUGAGCCUUCUGUUCGUGUAACAUACAACUUCUUGACAAGGGAAAGCAAAAGGAAGCUCAUGGAACUGAUGCAACAAUGGUCUGAGUGGCAAGCUAGAAAAAUACACACUUUGACGGAUUCUUCGGAAGAAGUUUUGGAAGGUGGUGAAGAGAUUUAUUAUCCAGCACUACAUGUUGGUUCAGAGAGAUCUUGUGCUGUGUCAUUUUGGGUGGAUAACCAAGCACAAGGGAGUGUAGCUAUGGAUGAUGAUGUGGUGCCACUAUAUGAUCGAGAAUUUACAUUGGGCUCAACUCCUCUGGGUGAUUUAUCAAACACUGAAAGCAAGAAAGAUAAGGAUGAUUCUCGCUGUUUCAACUGUGGAUCGUAUAGUCAUGCUCUGAAGGAAUGCCCAAAACCUCGUGACCAUGCUGCAAUUAGCAAUGCCCGCAAGCAGCAUAACUUGAAAAGGAACCUAUCUAAUGUUAAUCGUGGCCAAAAUCGGUACUACCAGAAAACACCAGGCAAAUUUGAUGAUCUGAAAGCAGGAGUCCUUGGAUCUGAGACUAGAGAAUGCUUGGGACUCAGGGAAAAUGAUCCACCUCCUUGGUUGCACAGAAUGCGCGAAUUGGGUUAUCCUCCAGGCUACCUAGAUGAGGUCGAUGAUGAAGAUACACCUUCUGGUAUCACCAUAUUUGGAGAUGGGGAGGUCAAAGCAGAUCACGAGGAGGGAGAGCUUCCAGAGCAUGGUGAACCAUCUCCUCCUCGCAAAAGGAUGACGGUUGAAUUCCCUGGAAUAAAUGCGCCCGUUCCAGAGAAUGGUGACCCUUGGCUCUGGGGCAGCGCUCCGCCUCAAUCCUCAGGCCGCCACCAUUCAUCAGAUUCGAGGGAGCAGCGCGAUAGAGGUCCUCCUGGCAUUGAGCAUCACUCAUCAAGGUACCAUUCCUACGACUAUGGUCCAGCUACCCCAGGUCUUGGAAGGCCUCAUUCAGACAGAGGAUGGAGAAGUUCCUCUGGUUAUGAAAAUUUGCCAGCUGAUGAUAGUGCCCGGACCCCUCACGGAUAUUCAAGCAGGCAGUACUCAGGCCAGAACAGCCCAAGCUCGGAGAUGUCCUCGCGUCACUCCAGAGAAAGAGAAAGAGACAGAGACAGGCAUGAUAGGCACUACUACAGCAGCAGGAGGUAAACCAAACGUGCGGCUGAUUCGUGCCAGAGCUGACGUACCUGUUUUGUAACUGCAUCAGAGAAUUACCAUAUCCUUUUUAUCCUCCGUUAUGUUGUCGCUUCUUUGAGACACUGUACAAUGGAAACUUGUCCUCCAUGGGGAAAUUGUAGGAUACAGAUCUGUUUUUAUAAUCGGGAAACUGUAGAUGCAACUCAUUAAAUCCCCGUUUGGAUGCAAAUUAAUUUUUUUGAGCAUUUUUACGGUAUCCCGGAAUAAAUAUGAGCUGUCCAUA